AUGAGUAGACUCAAUGCCAAUGCUUUCAGUUUCGUCCCUGGACAGUCCUUCCGUGUCCCUGGUGCUGAUCCCGCUCAGCCUCCUCCUCCUCCUCCUCCUGUAGAGCGGCCCACCCCGACAGAGGCACCUGCCCCGCCCCCCACGAUCACCCUCAACAUUGGUGGUUCCAAGCCUGCCCCACCUACGCAUGCCGCCCCCGCUCAAUCAGACAAGCCCGCCCCCACUAAGCCCGCUUCAGCGGCAUCUGUUAAGCCCGUCCCCGCCUCUGUUGCUGCACCUUCCCCCAAGCCCUCGUCGCGAACCGACUCUCCAGCUCCCGUGGCAUCAUCCAAAACAUUUACUCUCGAAAAAGCGAAGACCGACACCGCCGCAAUCGUACAGGAAGUGCGAGCGGUCGCCGAUGAAACCACGCUAGAGGACCUCUUCGGUGACAUCAAGGAGCAUUUGAACAUCGUCUUCAUCGGUCAUGUCGAUGCGGGCAAAAGCACCAUGGGCGGAAAUCUGCUCUUCAUCACCGGCAUGGUGGACAAGCGGACGAUGGAAAAGUAUGAACGAGAAGCCAAGGAAGCCGGCCGUGACUCUUGGUAUCUCAGCUGGGCCCUCGACUCGACUCCUCAGGAGCGCGCGAAGGGUAAGACGGUCGAGAUCGGUCGUGCUUACUUCGAGACGGGUUCAAAACGGUAUACGAUCCUUGAUGCUCCAGGACACAAGACCUAUGUGCCCUCUAUGAUCUCCGGCGCAGCGCAGGCAGACGUCGCAGUGCUUGUGAUCUCCGCUCGUAAGGGUGAAUUCGAGACCGGAUUCGAAAAGGGCGGACAAACACGCGAGCACAUCAUGUUGGUCAAAACUGCGGGUGUAUCGAAACUCGUAGUCGUGAUCAACAAGAUGGACGAGUCGACGGUCCUGUGGUCCAAGGAACGUUUCGACGAGAUCAGAGACAAGCUGACACCAUUCAUCCGUGCGGCCGGGUUCCACAUUAAAACGGACGUUAGCUUCAUCCCCGUCUCCGCAUACACUGGCAUCAAUUUGAAGGACCGCAUCCCCCGAAAUGUGUGUACGUGGUACGAAGGGCCAUCCCUCCUGGAGCACCUCGACACAAUGCCUCUGGUCGACCGCAAGGUCAAGGCGCCCCUGAUGAUGCCGGUCUCCGAGAAAUACAAGGACAUGGGCACGGUCGCCGUCGGGAAGAUCGAGUCUGGGCACAUCCGCAAGGGCGACUCGCUCCUGCUCAUGCCGAACAAGGACAUCGUUGAUGUCACCGCGAUCUACAACGAGAUGGAGGAGGAGGUGCAGACCGCGAUCUGUGGCGACAACGUGCGGAUCCGGCUGCGCGGCGUCGAGGACGACGACAUCAGCCCCGGCUUCGUGCUCACGACCCUGUCGAAGCCCGUGCAUGCCGUGCGCCAAUUCGAGGCGCAGCUCGCCAUCCUGGACCACAAGAACAUCAUCUGCGCCGGCUACACCGGCGUCAUGCACGUCCACACGCUGGCUGAGGAAGUCACGCUUUCGGCUCUUCUCCACUACUUCGACAAGGCGACCGGCCGAAAGUCACGAAAGCCCCCACAGUUCGCUAAGAGAGGCCAGAAGGUCGUGGCGCUCAUCGAGACGGUACAGCCUGUCUGCGUGGAACGGUUCGUUGACUACCCGCAGCUGGGCAGAUUUACCUUGCGAGAUGAAGGCAAGACUGUUGCCAUUGGCAAGAUCACAAAGCUCAUCGAAGGCAUUCCAGAAGAAGUGGUAGACGGGGUCGGCCACCUCUCCGUUGGAGGUGCUGCCUCAACGUAG